CCUCCGCCGGGCGGCGGUGGUCACGUGCCCCGCUCAAUGCUCUCGGCGGCGACGAUCGGUGUUCGGCUCCCCCCGGCGGCCGCGGGGUGACCGGAGGGAUUUCGGCCUCGUGUCGUGCCUCCCACCCCCCGCCGGCGACAUGUCCACCGCCAUGAACUUCGGCAGCAAGAGCUUCAAGCCGCGGCCGCCGGACAAAGGCGCCUUCCCGCUGGAUCACUUCGGAGAGUGCAGCGCCUUCAAGGAGCGGUUCAUGGAGUGCCUCCGCGACAGCGGCUACGAGAGCGGGGCCUGCCGGCAGCGCGCCAUGGCCUACCUGGAGUGCCGCAUGGAGAGGCAACUUAUGGCUAACGAACCACUGGAAAAACUGGGAUUCAAAGAUCUGAUAGAUGAGAAAUCAGAAGCAAAACCUGAGAAGUUGUAAUGAAGAAAGACAACUUCGCUCCUCAUGUAUGGAAAGCAUAACUCUUAGGUAGUACAUAUUGUACAGUCUGUUCAUACUGCAAUAAGAAGUGUUUCCUGAAGGAACCUUUUCUCAAAGUUUAAUUUUCCUAAAAUAAGAUUUUCUUAAAUGAGCAAAACUACUGCCUUUGUCUACUUUCCUCAAGUCUUUCUUAACUUUCUUCUUUUAAUUUCUCUAGCCUACACUCAAAGAUCUGUAAGAGCGUCUUGCCUGGGAGAAAAUAAUUAUUUUCCCAGGCAAAAAUAAUACAUAAAAAUUGCCCAAAGCGUUCUUCGUGUCUCUGUAAUAACAGUUUAGUCUUAUUUUAAAAAGACAAAAAAACCCGCUCUUGAUUGUGCAGAUCUUGAACUAUAGAUUAGUCUUAUGUGGGCAUUACUAAUGUGCGUACAGCAGUUACUUGUCAGGUGGAAAUAAAGCUGUUACGGUACCUGCAAAUUGCUUUUCAUUAAAUACUGGUAUUAAUCCCCGUCUUUGGGGUGAUCUCCUUCUCACCCUGCUAUGGAAAACACUUGGGUACUGGGGUGGGGUGGGCAUUCAGUCAUUUAACCUUCAUCGUUGUUGGGGGAGUAUUGCUAGUUCCAGGCACCGGUCAGGUAGUGAUUCUGCUUUUAUUUACCAUGCCAACGGUGUCCACCUAACUUUAUUUCAUCAUUUAGCCGUGAAUCUUCCAUUAUGAAUGUAUGUGGUGAUUGGACAGUUUUAUUCUUUUAAAAACAAAUGUUUUAGGUUAAAAACCAGGGUAGAUCAAGAGUUAGCUAUCUAAGAAAUACAGUAUUUCUUUCCAAACCACGGAGCGCAGCCCAUACCUUGAGAAGGUGAUGCAGCAGGCCGUACAGUGGGUGAGCAAUCAGGUCUGAGUAUGUUUAUAAGAUCCGUGAUAAGUGUUUGUGUAACUUAAACAUGAGUUAUCAGAGCCAGCGGUACUUCUCUCGCAUAUCCUAAUGCCAACGAGUCUUAAUACAAAGUUCAAGCCAAAACAGUUUGGCCUAUUAACCCCCUAGAAAUAGGUUUCAAGCAGACAAUAAAUUUGUAAAUCCUCUGAUUGUAUUUUCCAGUGUAUUUCCUGCCCUGUUCCCCUUGCUGCCUUUUUUUUUUUUUUUUUUAAUCUUUUUUUAACCCAGUGAAUCAUGUCUCUGUGCGUCUGGCUCUCAAACUGCAAGCUUUCGGGUCAGGGCCUGCAGACAGUGAUACACACACUGUUUGUCAAGGCAGUUCUCCCACACUUUCUCCUGUAUUUGGUGCCCUCUGUUUGAUACAUCUCACCUUUCCUGCUGUCUGCUGUUAUUCCUUUUGCUUCCUUUUCUCUCCGCUGUGCAUCUGUUCACGCAGAGAUCCAGGAAAGGGUAAAAGAACAUUCUCUGCUGUUCACGUUGAUGGUUGGAGCUGGGAUUUAUAUUGUUGCUCAAAUCUAAUCUGAUUGAACAGGCUGCAGAUAGUUCAGAGCGGGUCCCUGUUCGAAAAGAAUAUUCGCUUGCUGCUGUGUAUUUUUAUUCUGCUUCAUUCUACUGUUUAAAUUAUAUCUUUCAGUGAGAUUAGUACAUUUAUAGAAGAGAAAGCAGAGAUUUUAUUGCUGAAACAGAUAUUAAAAGACUUUAUAUUAAACCACUGAAUAAGAGCUUGCUUUCAAUGAUACCGAGUAAGAAUUAUUAAAAUAAUCUCCAGUAUCUUCAGAAGAAAGAAAUCAAAUUUCAUGCUUCUGUGCUGCUGGAAUAUUAUAAGGUGAAGUGAAUGCCUGGUAGGUACGACAGAACCCACCGGUGGUGCGGGAGUAACCCGGCCUGUUCUCAGUGGUAGUUUCAUCUUCGGGAUUUGCUCCGUGCCGUUAUUUAGCUAAACGGUUACUUCGUGAGUUAGGUGCAUGUUUUUUCAGAGGCAGUUGAUACGAGCGCUGUCCUCCAGGUUAUUAUUAGAGUGACAGGGGUGAAGUUUUUUAAGUCCUGAGUGAUGGAAUUGUGACUGUUGAGCUGGAGUGACAGCUGCCAUUUAAAUGAGCUGUCUCAGAUAGCCCACUGAAGGAGCAGCCUCUGGGGACUCUCUCUUUGUUUAUAGUCACCAAGGCCUAAAUUUUGGACCUGCCGCAGGAGGGAUGGUGGGGGAAAAAGCAGUUUCAAAAGAUGUUAUGGCGUGCUGAGGUGACUGCUCCGUGCUACUUGCAGGCCUGGAAUCCUCCGGUAGCGUUACGGCGCUGUGGCAGCACGACCCUGCGUAGCACAGGCUGACUGUCCCAGAAUGCUCUUCAAUUUAUUCCCGCCAACAUACAGAUCGUUAAUUAAAGCCUUUCUGUAUAAACCUCUUUUAUUUUAGCCUCGCUUGUGGGAUCCUGGCUCCCUUAAAACGACAGGGGUGUAUAAGCCAAAGGAAAACCGUAAGUUCAUAGUUACCUUCCCUGUUCCUGUACCAAGCAGGAACCUCUCCAGAAGCCCGACACCAACUUGGGAAAAUCUGUGCUCUGGAAAGGCUGGGCUGAGGCGCAGGAGUUGUGGGGGAGGCGAUUCGUCUGGGGCACCGGUCGCUUUGUGGAGCUGUUUGGAGCUGAUGAGCUGCGCGGUUGCGUGUGGCACCGGCAGCGAGGUAAGUCCCGCACAAGCGCAUUCAUCUUCGCGUGAGAUGCUGCCGGCGCUGCCCUGACGGACCCUGCGAGCUGGAGAAAUGCAAACGGUGCGAAAGGAGGAAAAGAGGUUUGUCCGGGAACAAGGGACCGACCGCCAGCCUGGCUGGAAUGUUCCAGGCGUGGAAGCGGCAGCCCGAAGCAGGGGCAAGUGUUGACUGUGUUGGGGUGAAGAAGCUGUUAACACAAUAAUGGAAAUCGGUAGGUGAGGGGGCUGUAAUUGUCUUUCCUGUAGCUUUUUUCUGGCAAAGCCUCGUUCACACCAUAACUCCAGACGCCCUCGUGCUUGGGAUCCCGUCCCAGGGAGUCCCUGGAGGUCCGCAGAGCUCUGUGUUGGCACUUAGGAGAGCCUUGCCCGCACGUUGCCCCGCUCUUUCCUCAGAUGAGAAUCCAGACAACCACAAAGAGCUUAACCUUGGUCACCGCAGUUAUUUACAGAAUGAACAUUGCUGCCAGCCAGCCCUCCUGUGUCUUCCUGGGAGACCUUGAGCUCGGUUGUAUCUCUCCAAACAACCACAGUGACCUGCAGAACGAGGAAGAAAGGUUUAAUAAACAUUUCCCAAGGCUCUGAGCGUUCUUUCAUAGAAAAGCCUAUACAAAGAGAGCCUCCAGGGCUUGCUGGAAGUGGGCCAUGGUCCAAAGUCCUCUGCAGGAGCACAAUGAGUCUGUGCCUCUAAGGCAGGGAGCGACCGUUGCUGCGUCUGCCACCUGGAAGUGGGAUACGGGUGUUGGAGAAGGGCUGUAUCUGUAGGCACCUGUUAAAGUGGGCGUUUGGGGUUGUGCACAGAGUUACAGGCGGGCAGAGGGUGCAGCCACCUGACCUUCAUGCUUGGUCCUCCCCUCAGCCCUCUUCUAAAGCAUUCGCCCCAAUUUGUCCUGCUUGCCUCAAGGUGUCCUUGUGGCUGGGCAUCGCACUUACGGCGAGUAGUCACCUACUUGGUUUCUUUUGCAGACCACAGAGUUGCUGGCCUUGGCUGGCAAUUAAUUGUCCUUUGCAGCAGAAAACAAAAUCACUUUCACUUACUGCUGCUUUUGUGGGUUGUGGGAGGGAACCAGACGGGUUAGAGCACCUCUUGAAUUUCACCCCGUUGUUGUCUCGCUCCGAGGAGACCCGGAGAACGCCGGGAGGUUUCCACAACGGUGCAGGAGCCGAGCCUGGAGCGCGGCACUGGCGCAGUCAAGGGGCAGGGAAUACCGCAGGCAGGCGAGGAGAGGGGGAGCAGCCUGCUCCCUGGGCGAAAAGCGUCUGGAGCAUCACUUCGUGCUGUAGGCUCCGAAAAGUGCUGUGGGUGUCCUGGUUCCACUGGAGAGCAGUGUGUUUCUACAUUUCUAAUCCAUCGUUCCUGGGAAGGGAAUGAUGCUUCUGCCCGUGUGCAAGAGGGCGGUCGUUUCUGGUAGCAUACCCAGCGACCCCAAAGGGCUUUACUUACUUUUCUGCCCGGAGGAGAUCCCUUCUGGAAGCGUUCCUCCUCCUAAAUUUGAGUAUGUGGUAUAUUGUGUCAGGUUUCCCACAAAAAUCAAAGCUCUAACAGAUUAAUUUUAAAAAAGACUGUUUGGAAGGGGACUUGCAAGGGUCCGUUUCCCCUUCCAGGGUGUUUCAAUGGCAAUUGGAAGUCUGAUUAACCUUAUCCUGCUGCUUUUUUUGUCUUAAUGCUUCUGCGACUAGCCGGCAAUGCUGCAUUUCCAUCAGGAUGCAGCAGAUUUUCUACCUUACAAGAUUUCAAGACAAAAUGCCUUCCUUCUGGAAUGAAGGUGCCAUAUGGCUUGAAAUGCAUAAUUGAUCGCUGCUCAAAAUAGGAGCUUCGUAGAAAGUCACCUAGCAGUCCAACGCCUGUGUGCGGAGGACUUGAGAGACCUUGAGGCAUUUUUUUGUUUGCUGGGACUGAUGAUGGCACAGGGACAGAUUUUUAUGGCUCUUCCUAGAGGCUGUGAUGCUUGUGCUCUCUCUGUAGCGCUGCACCGGCUGUUUCAUCACUGUUUCCCAUUAUUCCAAGAGAUCUCAGGACUUGCAUUAGCAGGUGCAUCAACCUUAUGCUGGCUGGGCUGGAUGAAGAACACCCCAGACAAGCCUGGCCUUCACCAUACAGCCCAGUAAAGGCCACGGUCAUCUCUGUGAGUGUAAAACAGUUCACAUGCAUCAAAUCUGGUGGGCUAGAUCCAGCUCUUGCUGUCCCACGUGUCCCCGCCUCCGGUGGGACGUGUUGCUGUCUGCAGGAGCCGUCUGUCCUGGCUCCCGCAUGGAGUCAGGCAGGUCCCACUGGUGUGGGAGGGACGCUGUGGUCCCUCUGGCUGGCUGUCCCACUGGUAAAGAACAACUCCUUAAACCACCCGGUACUGUAGAUGCUUUUCUGUUCAGGUCCUUAUGAUCAUGGCAAACUCUGUAGGAGCAGCGGUGGAAAGUAGCCUUGGAAAAAGAGAGUGGGGGGUGGAGAAAUCAAGGAGAUGACCUGGAAUGACCCAGGCUUUUAACUUCAUCUUGAUGAUUUUAAAAAUCUUUAAAAAUCUUUUAAAAGUGGGGGCUGCAGAAGAACCGAGUCCUUUGGCUAUUUUAGUAGCCUCCUAGGAGGUGGGAGCUCCUGGAGCUGGAGGAUUUCUGGUUUCCUCGACGCCAGCAAGACCCUGCACCCACACCUGGCUCGGGUCGUGCUCGCAAAGCUCCAGCCCCGGGUAGCGUGUGGGAGGAGGUGCUCCGCGAGGGAGGCAGCUCCAGCUCCGUUUGCUCAAUUCGCAUUUCCCCAUAUCAGACCCCAUUCUGGGUUUCAGCAGGGUUUGGAGGCACCGAGUCUCUCCUUGGUGGACAAGGCAGGAAGGAGAGCGGUAGCGUGACAGAAUCUGGGGCGCCGGGGCUGCCCUGAGGACUGGAUGUGAUGCUGUGUGCGGCAGCCUGCUUAGAGCCGCGAUCCGCAGAGGCCUUCUCCCUGCGGGAUGCUCCACAGCCCCGUGGCAGCAUGGCUUGCUGGAUGGUCAAAGGGAUUUUCACCACACCGAGGAAGCCAGAUUUUGGGCAGGCAGAUCCGAACAGGAAAGAAAUUCCCACUGCCGCUCGGGAAUUGCACAGAAGCUGCAGAUCAGAUCAGUGCUGAGAAAAUUGCUGGUAACUCAGGAUGCUGAACCAAGCAGGAGAAACCCCCCCGUUGAUAACUAAGCCUUCACGUCCCCAUGAACAAGUACCAAAUCGGAAACCCCAGGGGUGUGAUGAGGCCGGCGGCUUUCGUCGCUGGCGUUGCCUCCCUCGGCUUUUGCCCUUUCGCGUGGACGUGGGCGUUAGGCUGGGCUGACUUCAGCCUAUGGAUGUCGCAAGCUGUCCUUAACCCCUCGUCCUCGCCACCCAUCGGGGUGUCCCGGCCCUUACAGAGCACAGGCUGCGGGCUGUGCCUGUUGUUUGGCACAUCUCGGCGUGCGGUGCGUGCUCGCAGCGGUUGCUAAGGCAGCACAAUGCAGUCCCCCUCUCUCAAUGUGUUCCAAUUUCUCUCUGAUUUAGAGGUAUAUGCGUGCGGGGUCCAUGCAGCCCAGUGCCAGACUGGUGUCCGUAUGGCAGAGCGCAGGUGAUGCCAUGGGUCAGGUGUUAACAGCCUGCGCACAGACACCGGAGUGAGUGGGGCAGGUGGGCAGAGGGUGGGUUUCAGUUGGGUUCCCCCUCCCCAAACUGUGCUGCGGAGUCCGGUGGGAAAGAGGGACCGUCCACUGCCACCUACGAGGUGUCAUGGAGAUGAACGUCUCUGGAAGGAGACGCGUCCCAGCCUCCUCGUGCGGGAGGUGCUGAGCGUGUGCCUGCGCAGCCCAGAAGACGUGAGAGGACCCGGGUCCCUGCAGGGCUCUGGCGACAGGAGAUGGGCGAGUUCUGGUGGAAGGGGCAGAAACGCCGAGUUCACCAGCUGCUGAAAAAGAACCAGGUGGGCGAAAAAUGAGAGCAUGCCUGGAACCCCUCCCUCCGUCCUUUCGGCGUGCACAGCAGGAGACUUGCAGGUGUGGUGGUGCCAGCUAGAAAGACUCAUUUGAGCAGAGAGAUGUCUGGAUUGAUGGCUUUAUUUCAGCUUAUUUUAGCAAGCAAUAGGCGGGGGGUGGGUGAUGUUUAUCGCUGAAACCGGAGCUGGCUAGGACUUUAGAUCACAGCUCUAAUCGGUUGGACUGACUUAGACAGUAAAUCACUUCAGCAGCACUAAUAACACAGAGUGACGGGUGUAGUAAACCCUCUGUUGCAGCAAUAGCCUGGUCCUGCUGGUUCUGUGACUCGCGUUGGUGCUUCUGCGCCAGUUUGUUUAUUAAAGCUCCUUCACAAAAGUCACCUGGGUGGCUGCUUCCACUCAGCCGUCGAAAUGGCUGUUCCCCUGCCAUUCCCCAACCUGGCUUGGCCUCUUUUUAUAGCCUGCUAUAAAAUUGUUUAUUUUUGCACCUGUUUAUAAAGGCUUUUCGGCCACAGGGGUCUCAUGAUGUUGUUUUCAUGGCUUCUGGAGCAGGGCUGCUCUGUUGUUGCUAGAAAUAAUUGCCGUUAAUUAAUUCUUUGCUGAUUUUUCUUUGGCAAAGCAUAUUGAAAUAAACAAGUAAGCGAGCAGCACGCUCUGUACCUCGGUGUUGUGGGAGCUUUUAGGAGGCGUGCAGUGACACCCAAGCAAUCCCAUCAGCAGCCAGAGGAAGGGUAGGAGAUGGUCCUCAACUUUCUGUGGUCGAAGUUAACUGGGGCAAGGCUCAAUUGCCAUCUCCAGCUGUUCGGCAGCUUCCUUCAGGCCAUCAUUUCUAAACUCUUUCUAGAGAAAACCCCCAGCUUUGUUUCCAUCCAAUGCUUUAUUCAAAUUACAGCUGAGCAACGUUGCAGAAAGCGGGGUGGUCUCAGGCGUCUGAGCUGGACCGGCGGCUGGAGGCAGCAGCCCGUGGUACGAGACCGACAGCUGGGACCCGUAAUUGCGCCGUUUUCCCUUUUCCUCUGUGCCCUUUUAAGAUGGUUUGUCUUCUGAGGGACUCAGGCUCCGCUGCUGAGACUUCCAGACCAGAAGUGAUGUGCUGGGCUUCAGCCCUGUGCGCUCUGUCCUGUGGUCCUGCCUAUACCAUCUCCAUCACCCUCUCGGCACUGGGUCCCUGGUGGGAGCAGCCACCGGUUCCCAGGAGCCGGCAGCCGUUGGCUGGGCCGCUUCCACCUCCACCCUGCAGCGGGACAUCAGGCAGCGCCGUCUCCCGCUUGAACGUCUCCAAGCUGUUCCUGGAAGGGUGAGCCAUUUGAGCCAGGAAGAGAUUAAAUUAUUGGAGUUGAGAAAAAGGAACUUCCAUGGUAAGUGCGUGCCCUGCGGUUUGCACGUCGAAACUGUCCUGCCUCUGACUCAGCCGGAACUGACGAUGGCUGCCCUCAACAAUCACUUUGGCUUUUCUUGGUGGAGCCGAUGACCUGACAUAUGAAUUUCUUCACAUGUAUGUUGGAUUCCUCCAUACAGAGCUUCCCCAGGCCUAAGUCUUUUAAUUCGUAUAAAUCAGGAGUAAUGCUAAAAGCAGUGGUCUAACAGUGGCGUAGGUGAAUUAUUGGCUUGAUUGGUCUAAUUUUGUCUUCUCUGAGAGCAGAAUGGAGCCCAUCAUUGGGCUGCAGAGAUCAGCAUAGCUCUGGUCGGGUGCCUGGUAGCUGCCAUGGAGCCUCUUCCCCCAGCUGCCCCCUCCACGUCGUAUUUUAUGUCGCCUGCAGCGGGUUUGGUUCAGCAGGAAAAGGACUGUUGCAAUGUGGUUUUUCUUGUGUGGAGAUUUCCUGGUCUACCGUAGAGCAGAUGUAGAAAUAUCCGACGUCCUCAAGCUAUCACUUCCUCCUCGCUCUCUAGGAUGGCUCCUGGCUCCCAACCACCCCGUCAGAGCGACGGAGCAGCCCCCGCGGCCGAUUCCCAACCCAGCCCAUCGCUGCAGUGAGCCCGGCUGGAGGAGAACCAGAAAGGAUGGCUGAGGUGUCGUGGGCAGCCUCAGGAAAGGGGCUGGGGUUACCUUCCUUUUCGUGGCGGCACGGCCGUGAGAGGGCAGUUCUCAGCUCCGGGGUGCUGCAGAAACCUAAAAAGUGGUGUUUAAGUCAAUCAGCAGAGAGAUUUUGGUCUGCACUACCUUCUUGUCCUCACUCUCCCCAUUUCUCCUCCCUUGCAGAGGGUCUCUGGGGUGCACCGUGUUACCUGCACGGCCGUGGAAUGACAGGAGUAAAGGACUCUCCUUUUCACACUGGGCUUUGCAAGGGAGUUAAGCACCGUGCAAACGUAAUGAAACCCUGGUCUGCAAAUUGCUCCGCAGCGAGGCGCUUCUCUCCUCUGGGGGCCGGGGCAGGUGCAGAGCAGCGCUGCGGACGCCGGACGUCGGUCUGUCAGUCCUGCGCCCGCGCGUCGCUUCCUCUUGCCGUCGUCCUCCUCAGCUUGACCCACACGUCCUAACCACGCCGGCGCAGCGCGCGGCCUUUUCCCUGUUCUACAGGGGGAAACCGCGCGGCAGCGGAAGCAAGCUGCUGCAGGGGGGUGCGGGGGGCCGGUGCCACGGCUUGUUCUCACAAACCUCCGAGGGAGCCCCAGGGAUCCAGCCUGGCGCAGACACUGCUCCGGAGAGGUUUGCUCGAAUGCAGUGUCAGCGGCAUGAAUUAUUGAUAUUUCUGUUAGGGUUCGCUGCUCACGCCGGUAUUUGUCACGUUUGCCCGUGUUAGGCUGUGAACAUGCUCCCGGGUCACAUAAGGGGAGAGUUUAACACCCUUUUUCUCGCGUGGUUGUGACAUCGAUUUAGCCAUUUCAGGGCUGGGGCUGCAAAAUUAACUAAAUAAUAGCGUAAACAGCUCUUUCUUAACACAGCAAGGCAGCCCCAGGGGGAAAGGCGCUAACACGGAGGGGCAAGGAGAAGGUAGAGUUACAUCUGCGCAUUUUCAGGGUGUCAGCACACAGAUGGCGAAAAGGUUUCCAGGAAUUUCCAAGCCUCCUUUGCCCUGCCCUCGGAGUCUGGCAUUUCCAGAGGCGGCCCUUGCUGCCACCGCGCUCGGCACCUCGGGAGGUCGCGUUAAUAACGUCCGUUUCUAAGGCAACAACCUUGCGAUUUAGAAAAGGCUGCAUUAAAAGUGUGCGUGUUUACAAACACGCCCGUUUUACACGUAAAUAUGUAAGUAUUUAUACACUUAUGCACAUAAAUUUAUAUCCGAGUUAACAAGUCACUUAGCAGCGGAGAUGCAGAAACCGCCCGAACGAGAGCGAUGCAUCGACAGCGACAGUCGGUCUCCAGAGAGUUUGGCCAGGGGCUUUGCGAGAAGUAGGAGCAAGUUCAUGAAGCGUUCCCUGACAGGUCGUAGCCCCGGCAGCGCGUGGGGGAAAGCCCAGAGGAGGCGUCGGCGCCUGCGGGCAGCGGGGAACACUUCAAGGAGGACGAGCCUGGGCAGAGGCGCCUGUCGGCCUCCCCGGAGCCAGCCCUGACGGGGCAACCUUCGCCCCUGCCGGGUGGCAAACGCUGACACUGUCCCUGCUCUGCACCAGGAAUCGCGAUCCUUAAGUUCUUAGGUCCAUCAGGAGAGCCUCGCUGGCUCCUGGGGCUCCCCGGGGUCACCACUGUGCUGACCCACAGCGCGGCCUCUCAGCCUUGGGUAAACCGGGAGUAAAUCUGCGGAGACGCCCUUGAAUACAUGAGACUGAGUCAAGCCUUUGAUUUUCCGCUGAACAGAAGUUUAUCUUCAGUUCUGUCUGAUUUAAUUCUGACUUUUCUCCCUCUCUCUCCACGUCCCCUCCACCCACGCGGGCUCGUUUUUUUCCUGCUGCGAAGUCUGGAGUAAUUGGGAUGGGCCUUAAGUGCUGGGGGUGGCUGGUGAUGGCCCCUUGCUGGCCCCGUUCUCCUGCCCCGCCUGUCCCUAACGAAGCGCUCCCCUCUCAUCACUGACAACAGGCUCUGUUCUAUUUGAUUUUAUUACAAGAUAUAAAUUUCCGUCUGCAGCCCUGGCUUCCAGCAUGUGGAGGAGAGAGAGGGAUUGCCUAGCAACCAGGAGAACAAAAAAUUAAGAGAAUCAAUAAGUCUUAAUGGAAAGCUAAACAGAGACUUUAAAACCAAUCCUCCUCCCAGCCAGCCCCUGCCCUGGUGAGUUCCUGAUGCCACGCGGCAUCCUGGCUGUCGCCUGAAGAACUCGGCAAGCACACGUUCUGGAAAUGCCAGGGCGCAAACGAAAACCUGACCCAACUUGGAUUUAGGUAAAGCUCUGAUCCUGUGAGCAUUUCCACCCCCAAGCCUGAACACAGCACGGGUUUGGAGGCUUAGGGCUAAGGCGCCGUGCUAGGGCUGGUGUUACUCGGCGGCUGUUGGAAGCCGGAGCUCUGCUGCGGGCGAGGAAGCUGAGGAAGGUGAGGGUCUGGAUGCGGCAGCUCAGCUUCUCCACAAUAAAAUGCCCCUGUGCGGGAUGGCGCCUCUGGUUUGCACGGGAACCGGUUUCCCGACCUCAGCAGCCGACACCUGUAAAACCAGCAAACCCCAGCGCGACCCGCGACGCUGCGCAGAGUCGGCGCGGAACAGCCCGAGGUCAGCUUAAACCAGUCGGAAAUCGAUUCGCUUACGGUCGCUUGGCUCACAGCGCGAAUGCAAAGGUCACUUAGGAAAAUG